AUGAAGUCCCUCUAUUCUCUUUCGCUCGUGAUAUUCUCCGCCCUCUUAGCUAGGGCACAAGUCAUCCCACCAAAGACUUAUCCUCCUAAUGGAACAUACUUCAUUUACAACGUUCAAUACAGGCGGGUUUUCGACGAUUUCUUGUGGUUGAGUACGGAGGACAAUCCCAUUAUUGGCUGGAUCGCACAUCCUCACACGCAAUCGCCACUAAACCAACAGUGGGUUGUGGAACCUGUAGGCAAUUCGAGUGACCAGGUCACAAUGCGCGUUAUACAAACUAUCGAGAACGACCCGCCUGCAGGCGGCUACGCCGUCAACGCCCUUAUAUACUUGAUAUCAACAUUAAGGAUUAUCGACGGUAAUAACGCGAUAACACUAAUCAAUGGCACGACCGACGAUGAUUCACAAGGUCAAUUGACCGUUGAAACCAUCGACACUAAUGUGACCAACCAGCGCUGGAGCUUCGUUCCGGAUGACCAGAUCGACAAAUUCUUGGAUGAAAAUGGCACUAGUUGA